GGGUAGUUUACCUCUAACAAACGACAUCCUGGGAGGUGGGACUGUUCCAACGUCCUCAUAAAACCUUGCUAAACCCUAAUUUCACACCCCUUUUUCUCUCUUGGAUCCACAAAAUCUCAAGAUGGUGCACCAGAAGAAAAAGAGCAAGAACAAGAGAAUCACACUGAAAAGAAAGUCAAAAGUGAUUAAGAAAGUGACAGAGCAUCACAAGAAGAAGGCCAAGCAAGCCCAGAGGCAAUUGGGUAUUGAUAGAAAGAAGCUUAAAGAAAACGACAAUAAUGGUGAUUUGGAAAAGGCUGCUAGUGUUGUUAGUGGUGAUUGGAGUGUUAAGGAGCAGGAUCUUAAUGCCCUUCAGGCUCAUCGGGCUCGAACUGUCGAUGUUGUUCGGAAAGAGAGGGCAAACAAAAGAAAAUUUGAGCUAUUAGAGGAUGUUGAGCCAGAUCGUGGUUUUGGCAAUGAAGAAAGUUCUACUGCUAAAUCUCUUGGAAUGGUUAAAAUUCGUGAUAACUCAGACAGGGCCUUUUACAAGGAGUUGGCGAAAGUCAUUGAAGCCUCAGAUGUCAUCUUGGAAGUGCUUGAUGCCCGCGAUCCAAUUGGUACCCGUUGUGCCGAUGUGGAAAAGAUGGUGCUGAGAGCAGGUUAUGAGAAGCAUCUUGUGUUGUUGCUCAAUAAGAUAGAUCUUGUCCCUCGGGAAGCUGUUGAGAAGUGGCUCAAGUAUCUUAGAGAAGAACUACCAACGGUAGCUUUUAAGUGUAGCACACAAGAGCAGAGGUCAAACUUGGGCUGGAAAUCUGCACCAAAGGCUUCAAAGGCUGCUAAAGUUGCUGCAAAACCUGGCAAUCUUCUUCAAACUAGUGACUGCCUUGGAGCUGAAACACUAAUCAAAUUGCUUAAAAACUACUCAAGAAGCCACGAGAUCAAGAAAUCAAUAACAGUGGGUGUUGUUGGCCUACCCAAUGUUGGAAAGAGUAGUCUGAUUAACAGCUUGAGAAGAUGUCAUGUUGUCAAUGUUGGUGCUACUCCAGGACUAACAAGAUCUAUGCAAGAGGUUCAAUUAGAUAAGAAUGUUAAAUUAUUGGAUUGCCCUGGGGUUGUUAUGGCUAGAUCUGGAGAAAGUGAUGCAUCUAUUGCUCUUCGAAAUUGCAAGAGAAUUGAGAAGUUAGAAGAUCCUGCUGGGCCAGUCAAGGAAAUUCUUAAUUUAUGUCCUGCCGAGACGUUGGUAUCCAUAUACAAGAUCCCCAGUUUUAAUUCAGCUGAUGAAUUUCUUCAGAAUGUAGCAACUGCUAGGGGGAAGCUCAAAAAGGGUGGGAUUAUAGAUGUUGAUGCUGCUGCAAGAAUUGUUUUGCACGACUGGAAUGAAGGUAAAAUUCCCUACUAUACAAUGCCCCCAACUAGGGAUGCGGGAGUCCCUUCGGAAGCAAAGAUCAUAUCAGAACUUGGAAAGGAGUUCAACAUCGAUGAAGUAUAUGGUACAGAAUCAUUUAUUGGCAGUCUAAAAUCUGCAGAUGAUUUUCAACCUGCUGAAAUGCUGGCAAGUGCUACUAUCACCUCUGAUGAGAAGAUGAGUGAGGAUGUAAUGCAGGGUAACAAGGUUGUAGAUCAGAGUCAUGAUAAUGAUGACGAGUGCAUGGCAGAAGAAGAUAGCCCAGAUGUGAAAAUGGCCAAAACGGCUAGUGGCAGGCAGAAUGUGAAGUUAUAUGCUACAACAGAUGUACUAAACACCAAGUUGAGGAAAGCGGAAAAAAGGAGGAUGAAAAAGGCCAAAAAAUUAUCUGCAAUGGAAGCUAAGAUGGAAAGUGAUGAUAUUGAUGACUUUGCUGAGGAUGCUGCUAUGAAUGAUGUUGAUGAGGAUCAAUCCAUCGUAACUUCCAGCAAGAACAGAUUCGAGAUCCCUGUGGAGCUUGACAAGUAAUGUAUGUAUGCAAGAACAUGUAUCCCAUUCAUAAACAUUAUGAGCACCCUGAUUUUAAGAAGUCUUCCAGAAUGUAUACGAUUUAUAUUCAAGCACAUUUUGUAGUGAUGCAACUACAAUGUACACGAAAUUAAGCAUUAAAUGCAAUUUUUGUGAUA